AUGUACUUCUCUGAUAAUGAAUAUUAUUCCCUUGUCGAGUCAAUAAAGGAUCUUCACAAUUUUACUGUCUUACAACAACAAUCCCUGACUGAUAAUACUAAGGUUUUGCUGUCUUUGAACAAUUCAUAUCAAAAUAAUGCCCAGGCCAUUCUAAAAUUACUACUGUAAGGAAUUGGAUAAAAAUCUCAAGAAAGAAGUGAAUAAAUUUUAGAAAUAGACUUAAGAGAUUGUCCUGAGAUAGUAACAUAUAUGAUAUAUUGUGGUAGUUAGAAACACACUUUUAAAAUAGUUUAAAUCAAAUUUAAAACAAGAAUAAAGAGAUUAUUGACAAAUUAUUAAUUUGUUAAUAGAAAAUAGAAUUUAGGGCAAAAAGAUAGAAAUGUUUGUAAAAAAAUGCCUCAUGGGAACUGGCUUUAAAGGAAGAGGUGGAAAUAAUGAGGAAAAAAACUUUAUAACUAAACGAAGCUUUACAAUAGGUAGAAAUUUGGUAUAUUAAACUUUGGAAUAGCAUUCCAUCAAAAUUUAACAUGAGGAAAGGGUGA